GUUAGUUUCCUCUCCUUUUUUCCACUUCCCCGACGUCCCUCUCUCAUUUUCCCUCCUGUCCUGUGCCCAAACCAUCCUCACGCCGCGCCUCCCGUUUCUCUCACGUUCAUCUCAUUCUCUCUGUUUCACUCAGACCGUUUCUCUCCUUCUCGCCGUCUCUCUCUCUUCCUCUUCGACCGCGAUUUACGCUUUCCCGCUACACGCCUCCGCCUUCACUUUUGUUGAGAUUUUAGAGAAUAUUUAGUAGUGUUGAGUUAAAUUUCUUUGAUUUUGGAGGAUUGUUGCACUUUAAGUUUUAUAUUUUGUGAAUUUCAGCUUGAAAGGGUUCACCAUCGAAUAUGGCAAUGUUCAUAUAGCGGAGGUGAAAACCCAUAUAGAUUACAGACAGAAGUCCAUAUUGCGGAGGCCUAAUCUCACCAGCAUACUCCCACCCAUCGAAAACAAAACCCCCAACAAAACCUAAAGCCUCUGCUUCCAUGGCCGUUACCAGUCCAAACCCUCCUCUUCCUACACCCUCUAGGGUCAGCUCCACCACCAUCCACACGGCUGUCGCCGCACUCCUGAAAUGGAGAAACUCCAAGUCGGGGACCCAGAAACCCCAACUUUUACAGCAAGACGAAUUCGUCUACCUCAUACUCACCCUCAAGAAAAUACCCUCCCAAUCUCGCACUAACCCCCAUAAGAUCCCACUCCCACACGCCAUACAAUCCCCCCACCUCUCCCAAGAGCUCUGUCUCAUCAUCGACGAUCGACCCCACUCCAAUCUCACCAAAGCCUCCGCCAAAUCAAAGAUUGAUUCCGACCAAGUACCUGUCUCCAAAGUCCUCAAGUUGUCCAAGCUGAAAUCGGACUAUCGCCCAUUUGAGGCCAAGAGGAAAUUGUGCGAUUCGUAUGACAUGUUCUUUGCGGACAAGAGGGUUGUGCCCCUCUUGCCGGGGUUGUUGGGGAAGCACUUUUAUAAGAAGAAGAAGAUUCCGGUGCCCGUGGACUUGAAGCACAAGAAUUGGAAGGAGCAAAUUGAGAAGGCGUGCUCUUCGGCCUUGUUAUUCUUGAGAACGGGGACUUGUAGUGUCGUGAAGGUGGCGAGGUUGAGUAUGGAGAAGGACGAGAUUGUGGAGAAUGUGGUGGCUGCGAUUCAGGGAAUUGCGGAGAUUGUGCCACGGAAGUGGGGCGGUGUGAGGUCGUUGCAUUUGAAGCUGCUGGACUCAUUGGCUUUACCGGUUUAUCAGGUGGUGCCAGAUGUGAGGUUGAGGAUUGAGGGAUUGAAAGAGGAGGAGGGAAAGGGUGAAGAGGCUGCCAAAGAUAAGAGUAAGAAAGGCGAGCGCGUGGGGAAGAAGAGGGGGAGGAUUCAUGAAGUAAAGUAUAUGGACAGGAAUGUAGGUGAGGUGAUUCAUGAAGAUGAAGUGGGGAGUGAUGAGAUUGUGGGUGGAGAAGUUGGUGAUGGUGAGAAUGGUGAAAUGGAUAUUGGUGAAUCGGGGAAUAAGAAGAGAAAAAAGGGUGAUAAGACUGAAGUGGGGGUUUCUGGUGAGUCGAAACACUUGAAGAAGCUGGCUAAGCUGAAGAACAAAGUUAUUCUAACAGAGACAAGAGAUGAGUUGUUGGCUGCGAAGGGGAAGAAGGAAGGUGGUAUAAAGAAAGGGAAUGUUGGUUUGUCUGUUGAAGAUGGGGGGUCUGGUGGAAAGAAGGAGAAGAGUGGGAAGAUGAAGUUGAGGAGUGGAGAAAUGAAGGUGAAGGCUAGGAAAAGCAGGAAAGCAGCCGGGUAAUGUGAUUUGGAAGACUGAGAGAAGUUAGAGAUGGUAAUUCGUCCUCUUGCGGAUGUUUUUUUUCAAGUUUCUAAUAGAUUGUACUUUUGUCUUAUUUCUUUUUGUUAGACAAUGAGAAUUCUGCUGAUCGAAAUUAGUAACCACUUUUUUGUUGACAAUUUGAUUUAUGAAGAGAAUUAUAGAGUGGAUGAUUUUAUGUUCU